AUGAAGUUCAAAAGCCCCAUCUCGCUACCCGCACCACUUCCCGCCGCCCAAACCGCGCCCUUUGAAGAUGACAAUCGGUGGAAGUUGUUUCUAACGACAAGCACGAAAGUCAGCGUCUGGGAUUCGCAGGGGUGCAAUGCAGUCUUUACCAGUGGUUCGGAGGGGAUUGUCGCUGCGAAGAGGGCAAAGGAUGGAUCGGUUUUGGCGAUUGCAGACUCCCAGGUGGUCAUGCUGCAUCGGAUCGAGGAGGGCCAGGAUAAAUCUUACCGUUUGAAAGGAACUCAGCGGUGUCGACAUCUACAGUAUGAUCACGACUCGCGCAGUCUAUUUUUCACUGACUCCCUUCACAACAGCGUUCAAAGCUAUUCGUUGAAAGAGAAUCGAGUGGCCGAUGCUGCAAAACCCCAUCCAUCGUCGAUUACUGCUUUUGCGAUAUCCUCGGAUUCAAAUCUUGUAGUUUCCUGCUCUGCCGAACCACCUAUUACCCAGAUUCACAAUCGCCUUAUGGCAACCACCGUCUCGAUUACACCACGAUGCUCAACUGCGCCGGUGGUGCUCUGUAGCUUUCAUCCGAGCCGGCGGACGAUCUUUGUGCUUGCGUUUCGUGACGGUGUCCUCGCAGCUUAUGAUUACAGUAAGAUAUCCGGGGGGAGCAAAGCAAAAAAAGACGGGAAGAUUGGUAUCGGUCAAGGGAUCACAGGAGUCGAGUUCGUUCCGGGGUACAGGAGUAGAGCUGUCACAGUAGGCGAGGAUGGGAGGUUGUUCUUGGUGGAUUUCGAGAUGCGGGAUACGCUGGGAAGCUGGCACAUUGCUGCUCCUGCAACAAGCUUGACAAUAAGGCCCAUCACUGUUAAGGGGAAGUCAACCGAUGAAGACGACAUCGGUGGAUGUGUAAUUGCUAUAGGGACUAUCCACGGAAAGUGCUACGUCUAUGACGAGGACGGAAACAAGAUUGGUGAGCAGACAGUGGAUUCGGAUGGUGGCAAGGUUCUUGAUGUGGAAUGGGUAUCUGGAGAUAUUCAUCCCCUACCAAGCGAAGACGGUGAUUCUCAUAGCCCCACCUCUCCUCGUUCCCACAUAAAGCCCCCUCCUUCAGCAGGAGCACAGCAACCAGCUGGAAAUCGCCGAAACUCAGCGACAGCCGAAAAUUCUAGACCCACCAAAGAAAAAGAUAAACCCCUGAAGCCCAAGCUGGAUCUAAAAGAAGAUUCCAAUCAGUGGCCAGGGGUUCAAGAAACCGCCACUCAGGGGUACAUGACCCUAUUCAGUCCUGUAAAAAAGAGACAAAAGCCAGAAAAGGCUGCGUCUCUUGCCGGAACAAAAACAGCCAAUGCCGAAAAGAUAUCGGAUCCAAAACUAAGAACGAUUGAAAAAGAGGACCAGAGGAGUGUCAUCAGCGCACCGUUACUGUGGAACGAAUCGGCAAAGAACCAAAGUCGGCCGGGAAACACCAAAGAAGAUCAUAGCCCCAUAAAAAAACCAGCAACUAAGGCUAAUGACAAUAAAGUUGCAACCUUAUUGGAACAAACACCAGCUCUAGGCAAAACAGCCCCCUCUUUACAGCCAUUAUUACGAAGUAGUGGUACUGGCAAAGAUAAUCCGUCACUAUUAACAUCACAUCGUAUCACACCUGUUGCCUCCGACGUUAUCAAAACAAACGACAAGACAAAUGAUGGAAAACUACUAAGUCAAAUACGCUCAAUAAGGGCAAAGGUUGAAGGUGAUAAAAUCGCCAGGGGAAAUUUAGCAAUAUUUGCGCCCUAUAUGUCUAGCAAAAUCAAGACUUCCGCCAUUAUAAGAUCGGGGGGAGCAGCAGAAAACCGGAAAGCGCCCGUCUUAUCUCAGGAGAAACCCGUAGAUCCCCGGCUUCGAGCCCUAGACGGAAACAGGGCCGACGACCGAAUGGACGGGAGCGUCGACCAAACAGACAGAAUACCUAAGACAGCACCUCAAGAAGAAGAUGCAACGCUCCCAGGCCCUGUGGAACCUCCGAAAAAAGACGAGGAUCUACCCUCUCCAAACCAAGAGGACGACGCACAGUCCGAAGCCUCAUUCGAUGGCGAUAUCUGGCUUGUCGGGGACAAGCCGUCAACAAGCCGAAAGAGGAAGAACUCCAAUGUGGAUGAUUUCCAGCCCUCAUCCAGCUUCGACAGCAACGGCGAUAGGUCUUCAUCCAGAGCCGGAUCCUCAAAGAGCAGAAAGACAGUCUCUUGGGAUGACGGGCUUACCAGCCGCGACAACAUAACCCCUGCAAACUUGCUACGUGAAUUUGAGAAUCCAUCCAGCCCCCGAUUUGCGUUCAGCGGCGACGCACCGUGGCCACUAGUAGCCAAGCGCGAAGGAAAACAUCUAGCCUCUAAUGCUACAACACCCGAAACUUCUUUCGCUUCAAGAAAGGUAUUGAGCAGCCAAAAGGAAGACCCCACUUCUGGCAUUCCAAGUAGCUUGGACGAGAACUCGUUCCACACGCCCCAUGGCCCGGUUGCAAGCUUGAUGGAGCCCGCGCCCCGAAACGCUCUUGUAGAGAUGCAGACAAUGUUCAAAGCCGAGAUGAGGGGCCUACAGGCUGAGAUGGCGAGAGGUUUCCAGGCGCAGAUGCGGGUGCUAGAGGACCUGAGGAGCGAGGUCCGGACGGUUAGGGAGGAGAACGUGAAGCUACGAGACCAAAUAUCGGAGCUGAGUGCCAAGGACAGGGAGAAGCGUCCUUGA